AUGUCUUUCGCAACCAGUUCCUCAGCUUUUGGGAUGAAUAAGAGUGCUGCACCAGCCAGUAACUCGAUAUUUGGUCAGUCUAACGCAGCAAAACCCGCGCAGUCGCUCUUUGGAGGCACUCAACCAACAACCACGGGUUUCGGUGGAUUUGGCACUACAAAUCAAACACAAAGUCAGCCAACGACCCAAGGCUCGUCUCUCUUUGGCGGUGGUUUUGGGCAAAACAAUCAGACUCAAGCGCAGCCUGCGUCUACGGGGUUGUUUGCGCAACCUGCUGCAGCUGGUACACAACAACCGCAACAAAAUACCUUUGGAAGCUCGCUUUUUGGGAGUACCACGAAUAAUCCAACUCAACCUCAGAACACUGGCCAGCAGCAGAACACGUUUGGCGGGUUCAAUACCAAUCCAUCACAACAGACAUCUAACUGGGGAAGUACGCCAUCGAAUACUUUGCAAGCUCAGCAGACACUACCUGCAAUUAACUCUACCUUUGGAGGAUCAUCUACUGCUGGAAAUUCCAUUUUUGGACAACAAAGGCAACCUUCAGCGAUGGGUAUUUCGCCUGUUCAACCUCCAGUAACGCCAAUCUUCUCGAAGUCUACCAAGUUUAACGAUUUACCGGAUGAAGUGAAGAAGACAUUUGAAGGCAUUGAUAAUCAUAUACAGGGCCGUGUCCAGAUAAGCAAUGAACUCAAAAGACUCAAAUUAGGACAAGAAGCGGUAAAAGGGCAGGAUCUCAUUCGUGAUAUUCAUAAGGAACUCUUGAAUGUAACUUCGACAAUUCAGUCUGAUGCUCUCUUCACCCGAGACUUAAAGCACAAGACGGAGCAAACAGUACAAGACACUAUAGUCGCUACGCACAUCGUGGACGGCUUUAAGAACCCACAACAAAAUGGCGCAUACCUUAGGAGCCACGCCAAUUUCCCAUUGGAAUUCUUUAAUCGAGUCACGGAACAGAUGAAAGAGCGUUUACAGUGGUAUAAAAAUACCAUCGAGCAAAUUGAGCGUAGGCUGUCUUCAGCAGCAUCUCAGACACAAAGUACGCCACAAGCGAUUUCGGCAACUCUUCAAGCACAGCAUGCCACUUUCAUCUCUCUUGCAAGUAAGACAGCUGCCCUAGAUGCGGAGCUGCAAAAAGUCAAGGAACUUUAUACGAGAGUAUGGCGGGCCAAGACAGGCAGCAUGAGGGAUCCAUUCAAUGAUCUCGAUCGGAGUACUGGAGGUGACUUUGGUAUGGAAUCAUUACGUGUCAGAUAA